GAUUGAAAUUGCAUUGAAGCAAAAAAGGUCGGGUGUUUCUUUACUUUAUUGGGAUUCAACCAUUGAACAAGGUUUACCGAAUCCUCUUCUGUCCAAUCUAUGGGGGCCGACAAUGUUGGGAAAUGGUGAUGGUGAUGUAACAACGGGACCUUUUGCCAACUGGACCGCCACUGAUGGUAGAAAACUUACACGCGCUGCUCAAACCAUCCCAAAUGAACUCACUACACCAGCUGAUAUCCAGACAAUUUUGGACAAAACAAGAUAUGAUGAAAUAGCAUGCGGCUCAUUUGAGUGCAUGCUGUUGGAGAAUAUACAUGGAAAAGCCCAUAACUAUGUUGGUGGACACAUGGGAGAUAUCUUUUUCUCACCCAAUGACCCAAUUUUCUGGAUGCAUCAUACCUAUGUUGACUGUAUCUGGGAGGAAUUCAGACAAAACAGCCAGGAAACAAAUGUUGCUACCGAGUACCCGGGUAGCUUUGGACAACCACCCCAUCAUCCAGAAGCGUUGAUGGCGCCAUUUAAUGACUGGGUCGCAUCUGUCAAAAACAUUGAAGGGUUGAAUACGUUUAUUACAUCAGCCUGUUAUAAGUGCGAUCGGCGUCCGAGAUGUCCUGAUUGCAGCAACACUCCUAAUUUGUAUUGUGACAGGUCUGACAACCGAUGUAAGCCAUAUAUAAAUCCAAAUGACUGCGGAGAAGGUACGGCACUAGUCCCUGCAGUGAUCUAUUGCGACAAACCUGUAUAUGGGAACAAAAAUUACGGGGUGAACGGAGUCUAUCUUGAAACCGAAGGUGUAAGUUAUAAAGGGCGGAACCAGGUUUACUACUUUGGUGAUUACUAUAAUUACUAUAACAUACCACGAUCAUCGAACCCUUCAAAUUAUAGGCCAAAAUAUGCUGGGUAUUUUCCAACUCGUCGCCCAAGAACGAAGUACUCUGCGGCAGGUCGUAAAAAGAGACAAACGGCAAGUGUGCAAUAUCGACCAAAAGCUUACACAUCAGAUGGACGCCAAUGCAAAAUUGAAUGUUUCAAAGGAUACAGGGGACAGACUCCUACGUAUGGUGCUUGCCCCAACAGCAUUUACAUCAGAGGUAC